GCAUUCUACAAGACCUACAGCAGAGACAGUUUUGAUGAAAAGAUGAGCGGCAUGCGAAGCAUACUCGAAUCGAUGCCAGAGUGUCACUUUUAUACCGCAAGGGCUGUCUUCCUUCACAUGAACAAGAUUGCAUCGUAUUCUGCGGAGAACCAGAUGACCCCUGAAAACCUCGCCCUCGUACUGGCCCCAAACAUAAUGUGGCCAGAACUGCCGACGGCGCAGUUUGAUGCAUACGCGCACGCCAGCUUUUGUGUCGCACACUUUGCCAUUGUCAAUGCUCCGAAGCUUUUCGAAGAUCCACCUUCCCUUCCCACGACUUUCUGA